AUGAGAUUGUCUCCCACAACAAGGAGGAUCUCAAAGCACAUUACUUUUACAGGAAGCCGCAAAUACUCAUUUAAUUUCACGAGAUCAAUCAAUAUGGCAACUGCAUACAAGAUAGAUGUUCCGGUGUCCAACACUGGACUGUGGCAGUUCAAUCAGCAGGAUGCCACAGCGAAAAAGGUAUCCGAGUUUCUGCAGGAAGACCUCGAGAAACAUCACGUCUUCUUCAACAAGGACGGAUUUCACAACCAUAUCCCCCACCAUCUACUGGCACUCUUUGGAACUGGUGCCGGCCCGGAUGCUAUCCAAUUGGCCUGGAAAGAGAAUGAAAACUACCAGAGGCCAGCGCAGAACUCCCACAACAACAUCGUCGACGAGCUCCAUGACUGGGAGAAGACGAAGCAGUACCUCGGCAAGGAGAAGUACUAUCCCGACUUCCUCCUUUUCUUCCAGCGCGAGAUCGAAAAGAAAGGCUGGGAGGAGGCACUCAACGAGCACCUCUUUGGGGGAAAUGAGCGCGCCCACGACAUGUUCCAGCGCAUGUUCGCCGGCUUCUUGCACCCCAUAAUCCAGCUCAUGUAUGGCGUCGAGUGGGAGCAACCCGCCAUUGUCGCCGAGGGCUUGGCUCAGGCUGCCGUUCAUAAGAACCAGCUCGGGUCUUUCUUUGAUGAGGCCGAGAAGCGCUCCAAGUCUGCCAGCACGCCGAUGCCACGGAUCAUGGAUCUCAUUCAGGAAAUAAGGAAUAACGAAAAACUGGUGAAUGCGAUACAAAUGAAGGACGCUAACAAAGUACACGAUGGCAUCCUCGUACGCGCCCCAGAGGAAAUGCUCCAGAUUGCUAGCAAGGUCAAGAUCACCCAGGAAGAGCUGGAUGAGAGAACAGCUGAAAUGUACCACAUCAACGCUUAUGUUGCCGGCACUGCGGCUUUGAAACCUGGAAAGGAGGCCAGGUGGGAUUUCUUCCUCAUUCACCAUGUAAACUCUUCACCAAUCUUUCUCUGCUUCAACGCCAAACCAUGGAUUUCCACAGAGAACAAGAUUCGUAUACUCGAGUACAAGAUCCGUCUGGAUCUGGUUCAAUACGCCGCCCGCGGUAGUCCGGAGAUCCGCCCCGACGCGAUCAAAUCCUAUGUACCGAAGGACAAGGACCAGAAGAAACAGAUCGUUUCCAAGGUCACUGAUCUCCUGCCCAGAUUCCACAAGAUCCCUGACGAUGGCCACACCAUCAAACUAGUCCGAGCCCUUGGCAUCUGCCGCGAGCUGUCCGCCAAGUAUAGCGAAAAACCGUGGAUCAAGAUCAAGAGUGACGAUGAGUGGCUGAAGCUGUAUUACUCGGUGCUAGACGGUUCUGAGGACACGGAAACGAGAUGGGUCCGCUCGACUGGUCUAGAGGAGGCGUGGAAGGAUGUACCGGCUCGCGAAUCUAGGCUGUGA